GUCCCCAGGCGGGCGGGGCCGCGAGCAGGCCCGGGCGGUGCUUCCCCCGCGGCGGGCGCGUCCCGCCCCCCGGUGCGGGGGCAGGGCUGGGGCCGUGCCAGGGCAGCGAGGCGGGGGCUGAGCGGGGUCUGUGUCCACAGGUGAACCCAGUGCGGAUGCGGCGGCCGGGCGAGGGGCAGCGCCGCGGUGCCCGGGCGGUGCCGAGGAGCCGGCCCGGGGCGGGAGACAUGGACUCUGGCGGAGAUCUCCCGGCGGAUCGGCCCGCCACCCUUCGGAGCGGGACGGAGGAGCCCGACAAGGAGGGAGAUGGUGCCGGAGGGAAGACCGCCUGGCAGCAGAGCCUGAGUCCCGAGCUGCAGCAGGGAUACCGAAUCCUGCGCGAGUUCCUACUAGAGAAGUACCGGCCUCUGACGGCGCCGUUCCUGGAGCCCCUCGCGGAUCAGGCAUCCUUCGGAGAAGAAGGCGCCGGCUCCCCCUCGGGCCAUAAGAGCGGCCAGUCCCUCCAGCAUUUACCAGCUGGAAUAUGGCUGUUGAAGAUGGAAGAGAAAUUUUCCAGUGGGCAGUACACAGGGAUAGCAGAUUUCGUGUGUGACUUCCGGCUUAUGCUGGAGACUUGCUACCGGCUGCACGGUGUGGAUCACUGGCUCUCCAAACAGGCCCAGAAGCUGGAGAUGAUGCUGGAACAGAAGUUGGCGCUGCUGUCCCGGCAUUUAAGAGAGAAAACAUCAUUAGCUGUCACAUCUAGAGGAUGCUAUGGGCAGGAAGAUGAGAAAGGAACAGCAUGCAUUUCCACAAGACGUCGUUCCACACCUCGCAGUUUAGUAGGCUUGUCAACAGGCAUGUUUGAGUCUGUGAUGGUUCAGGUUCUAAGACAAGAGGAGCAGCUGAGAGCAAAAGAGGAAAAGAGGCAGAGAGAUCAAGAAAGAAAAGAAGCAGAAGAAGCUAGUCAGAAAGAAAUAGAAGAAUGGGAAAAAUCACUUUUAGCUCAAGCAGCACCUACAAGGAUGGAGACGAUGUGGGAGAUUCCAGCUAUUGGUCAUUUUCUUUGUUUAGCACAACAGAUUUUAAAUUUGCCUGAAAUAGUAUUCUAUGAAUUGGAACGCUGUCUUCUGAUGCCUCAGUGUAAUGUUUUUUUAUCUAAAAUAAUGACUUCUUUGUUAAGUCCUCCUCAUCGCAGAUCUACAUUACACCGCAGGCCAACAUUUUCUUACAGGACUUGGGAAGCAGCACUGAGAAAGAAAGUACAACACUGGUAUACUGUUGUAGGGCAGACCGACAAUCCUAAUGGUGCUGCAGAAAAACUUGGCUUAUGUCCCCAGUUUUUCAAAGUGCUCGGAGAAGUUAAUCCCUUGGAGGAAAAACCAUUUCAUGAGCUACCAUUCUACCAAAAAGUGUGGCUGCUAAAAGGUCUCUGUGACUUUGUGUAUGAAACACAAAAGGAUGUUCAGGAUGCAGUGCUAGGUCAGCCUAUCCAUGAAUGCAGAGAAGUAAUUCUUGGUUAUGACUGCUUGGAGAAUGCGUAUGUUCAUUUUCCACAGUUCUGUGGUGCGGAUGUUCGGAUUUACAAACAAAAACCUUUUCAGGCUCCUGAAUUUCCAUCUCUUCCCAUCAAAGUUAAAAAAGUACCACGUAUUAAAUCGGAAAGAGUAAAACAUGAAUAUGUAGCUAAAAGCAAUGGGGAGGUCAGUUCUGCUGGUAGAGAACUGCUACAUCCUUCCAAGACAGCAGUAGAGAAAAGUAUGGACUCUCUUGUUGUCUGUCCAGAAAAUAACCUACAUUUAGGCACCUUUAGAAUCCCUCCCGGGGAGAUAAACUGUGAAAUCAAAGACUCAAGAGUCUGUGACAUCAAGAAAACUGUUUGUUAUAAAGAGAACUUGAGGAAUUUGAUUACUUCAGGAGAGAUUGUUGGUGUGGGUGGUGACUCUAGUUCAAGAGAAAUAAAGGAUGGGGAGAACGGACAAGGUUAUGCUGAAAUGGCCAGACUAAGGUCUGAUAUGAGUCCCUUCAAGGAGAACACACUGAAAGCUUGCCAGGUGCAUGUCAAUGGCACUUACAAUGAUUACCAAGACACCAGUUACCAUGAAUCUGCUAAAGAAACAGUGCUAGAGAACUCAUUGCGAAAUAAUAAGAAACUAAAUAAGAUACUAGCAAAAAAGAAGAAAAAGAAAAAAAAGAAGUUGAAGGAUAUUCUAAAUGAAAAUCUACAGAGAACACUUGAUGACCUGCAAAGAAAACGUGAGAUUCAUCUUCAUCCAUUCAAAUCUUAUAAAUCUGAGCUCCAGAACAAGUUGUUUAUAAUUAAAAAGAAAGCAAAACACAAGAAGCACAAAUCUGGAAAAAAAUCACUAUCUAAAAAAGCAAUCACAAAGAAGAGGAAGGGUGUCAGAAAGUCUACCAUACCAGAAUUUCAGCUUAUUUGCACUAAUCUUGAUGAACUCAGGGAAUUAAUCACAAAGAUUGAGAAUGAACUCAAAGAUCUGGAGGACAUUAAAAAGAAAUCGGGAAGAUGGUACCACCGGAAGCAAGCAGUAAAGGAAUUGCAUGGUACGUUGUUACGACUGCUUAAUGAACUGUUACCAUGGGAACCAAAGCUAAUUAAAGCAUUUCAAAGAAACAGGUCUAGAUUGAAGAAGGACUAUGAUGACUUUAAAAGACAUCCAGACCAUGAUAAAUUUACCAGAGAAUUGUGGAGUAAUGAUGAAAGUGAAGUUGAUUCUGGCAAAGAAUCUUUUGCAGUAGCAUGCGGUAAAUCAUCAGAGUCUGCAGAACAUAUAGAAGUGCCCAAAAAAGAUCACUCAGACAAUGAUGAAAUGAAACUAUUAGAGAUGAAUUUACCUGCAGGAAAAAACAGAAUUCUGAAAAAAGAAUCAGCUUCUAAAGAAAUCCAGAAGACACUGCCCAAAUGCAUUAAACGACAGUUCAAGCAAAAUAGUUGUCUGGAUCAAAGCACUAAUGAGCUCUCACCAAGGAAGAAAGCUAAACUGAGCACUGUUGAGACUGUAGUCCAGAGUUCAGAAAGUAGCCUGCAGCCAGAUAGUUGUUUAACUGAGCUAAAACAAUUUGAAGAAUCAAGUUUAGAGUUGUUUUCCUUGACAGAUCCUACAACAUCAGUAUCAAACUUUCUGAAAGGGACCAAACCCAUCCAGGCCUUGCUUGCCAAGAAUACUGGGAACAAAGUGACCUUAACAAAUCAACCAUCGCCUCCCCCAGGCAUAAAUGUAUCAACUUCUGAAAAGUCAGUUUUACCACCUUUGGAAUCAUCAGUGAUCAAACCAGCAUUGCCCUGCCAGGCCAGUUCAAAGACUCCCUUACAAAUGGUAUACAAAAUGCCAAAUGGCCAUUGUGUACCAAUAGACCUUCAUAAUAACUCAGUGAAAAUUCAAAUGCAAACUGUGACUGACCCUAAAACUGGAGAAAAAGUCAUGCAACAAGUUCUUAUUUUACCUAAGAAUUUUCUUCUUCAGCAGCAGGAAGGAAAAAUUGUGUCCAAGGACGUUCAGCCACUACAACAGAAAUCAUCUGAGCUGCACUGUACAUCUUUACCAAAAGUGUCAAAUAUCAGUGUUUCUUUAACACCUGUUCUGGUGACAGGCUCUGCAAAUACUACCACUCAGUCACCUACUACAAUUUUUAGCAAGAAUAUUACCCACUCGUCACAAGUGUCUGGUCCCAUGAACAAUACACUAUCAUUGCCUGACGUAACUUCAGCAGGUAACUUACUGUCAUCAAAAAUUAAGGUGAACCAAACUGAAACUGACAAAAUGAAGACUACAGUUUUGACUGCUACAUUCCCUGUGUCUUUGACUUCAUCUACUCCUUCCACAGCUAGCCAGUCCUUGAUACCAGCAACAGCAUUAAGUGGGUCUGCGAACACUGAUUCUGCCUGUCAUAGUCUUGCAUCGCAGCAGCCAACUGACUCCUGUGAAACUAGGCAAGAGUUGAAGACUGUAUGUGUAAGAGAAUCACAAUCUAUUCUGGUCACAACACGAGGCGGAAACACAGGCAUUGUUAAAGUGCAAACAAACCCAGACCAGAUUUCACCUAGUAGUUCAUCUUCUAGUUCAGUUUUCACUUACACUUCUCAACUUCAGGCCUUUCUUGUACCAAAAACCACAGCAUUAUCAUACUCUACUUUUCCAUCUCUAGCAACAGCCACAUCUGGUUUCCCACAUAUUGGACAAUCAUCUCUUUCUGGAUUUGCCCCCUCAACAGCUUCUUCUGUUAACAUUCCAGCUUUCCCAGCUGAUUUUACCCAGGCAAUGGAGAAAAAUAUCAAAUUCACACUACAGCAGCCUCCUGUUGGGGACACUUCAGGUCAAGUAAUGGAGAACUCCUGCUGUGUGUCCUCUCCUUUAUCUUCCAUUUCAUUAGCUAGCAAUGUGAUGCCCACAACUCCAAACAGUCCUGUUAGUGUGACUAGCACUGGACAAAAUAACGCUGUCGUAACUCCAAAUUCUUCUGUACAGCAUCAAGGGGAUACUAAAACCAAAAAAAAUUCUGUUAUACAGUCUGAGUCUAAUUCAGCAACAAGUGGGGAUUUAGUCAGUGGUACUCCAGUCCAGAAAUUUACAUUAGUUACAAAUUCACCAGUUUUAUCUCCCUCUGGAGCAUCAGGAGUCAGUAUUAUACCCUCUCCAGCAUCCACUGCUGUUAAUGCUCAGAAACUGGUUUUUGUUAACACACAAAUUGCCAGUGGCCCAUCAACCACCAAUCUAGUUGCAGAGUCAUUGAGACAGAACCUUCCUUCUUCCCUAACCAAAACCUUUGUUAAUACCACAGAGAAACCACAUUUGGUUUUGAUCCCAUCUACGAUAGGAGCACCAAUAAGAAUAAAUUCAUCACCAACUAUUGCUCAAGUAAAAGAUGUAAAAAUUGGACUAAAUAUAGGUCAGACCAUUGUAAAUACUAAAGGCAAUGCACAGGAGACCCCACCAGUUAAUAUAUUGCACUCUACCAUUUCUAAAGGAGAAGACAAAAAAAGCAUUGGCUUGGCGCUGUCUUUGACAAGUAGCAGUACUGUGGUUCCUGCUCCAGCUUUUGCUGUGUCAGCUAAUGAAUCUGUAUGUGUUGCAACAAAAGCUGAAAAUGCCUUUACAGUAACAAUGGCACAUGCAUGUGUAGAAUCUGUUUCAGUAGCACCAAGUGGGACUUCUUCUGGGACACGGUCCACUGUCUUGACUGGUGGCAAUGAUCCCUCAAGAAUAAGGCCAGUUCUGGGUAAUCGACUUUGUACAUCAAAUAUUGGAAAUAUGGGUAUAUCAACUGUGAAAACAGGACAUCUUGCUUCAUCUGUGCUGAUUUCAACCACACAACCAACAGUAUCUCCUCAAAACUUAGCAUCUGCUUUGCAAUUUCCAUUCAUUAGCUUGCCUGGAUCUGCAGCCACCCCCCAAAAGGUGUUACGUACAGUUCCUCAGUUAGCAACAGUUCCAGCUCCUCUUCUAGUAUCAAAAAACCAGUUGCCCACACUGCCUCAGUUUCAGUCAUCAGGAACUUCAGCUGGUAUGUCAAGUCACACAGGUAUUCACAAACCUCAGAGUGUGUUGCCCUCUCUGUCACCAAAUACAGGUAAAGUCGUUAGCUUUCCCAGUUCCUCUACCCUACAAUGCCAGCAGGUGCCUCUCAGUACAGAGAAACAAAGUCAUGAUUACACUUGUGCUUCUACUGCUCAGAUGUCUUCAGCUUCACCAGCUGUAACAAGCAAAACCGGAGGAGGUCAGUUGAAUGAAUCUUGCAUUCAACAGAAAAUAGUCAUUAACACCUGUAUGCCUUUGGCACCUGGAACUCAGAUAAUGAUUAACGGUACUCGUUUUGUUGUUCCACUGCAAGGCCUUGGAGCUGGCAGCCACGUUCUUCUUCUCUCCCGUAAUACGAAACAGACUCCUUUAACUGUUAACCAUGGUCAAGAAGCUCAAGGUAUACCAAUUGUUAAUCCAAUAACCUCAAAAAUCAUCUUAGCACCAAGUAAUUCAUUAAGUUGUCAAAUAUCAAAACAUCCUUUGAAAAGCUCCACGAAAAUUAUGAACUCUUUUGGUGCCGCAGAUGCUUUACCCAUCGUACAUGCAACGCCCCAGAUAUUUAGUACUCCAUCUAGCUCAUGUACUCCACUGUCCGGGGUAACACUGUCUGUGUCUUCAGUGACAAAAUCUCCUAUUAAUGUUGUAGCUACAUCUUCUGUUGUUUCUGCUGUUCAUCCUCCGAAUUCUCAUUUGCCAAGCAACACUUCAGUGUUUCGCUUAGACACUUCUAUCAAAAAACUGUUGGUCAGUCCAGAGGGAGCCAUUUUGAAUGCUCUAAAUACUCCAGCACCAAAAGUUUCUCCUCUGUCUUCAUUGCUGCCUCCUGUUGUUGUGUCCACAAGCAGAAAUCCUACCACUGUCUUCCCUGCAUCUCAGUCAUCUUGCCUUGAUAAACCUGACAAAGCUGCAUCCUGAAUUUACUGCAAAUGAGCCACUUUGAAAUUUUGGGGCAUUCCUCAGACUUUGGAAGUUAUAACUAUUGGAUAAUUUCUUACAACCAGUUGAUUUACUCAGCAUUACUUAAGGUUGCAGUUCUUUCCUGUUCACCUCUGGGGAUUAAGAGGAAGAAAAAUUUUAGUUUGUCGGAAGUUUUCAGAGAGUUCUUUAGUAAAAAGGUCAGAAAUGACCAAUGAGUUCAUUAAACAGUUUGGAGAAAUCUCACCUUUUGCACAUGUUCCAUCUUAUAUUAUGGACUGUUUACCAGUGUGUUUUUGACAGUAUAUGUCUUCUUUUAUUUGUCAAAUUUAUUUUUGAUCUGUUUCUUUAAGGAAAAUAUUUAUGCAUUGUAAAAAUGCAAUCUAUAGAGUAGAAUUGUACAUAUUCCUGAAUUCCUAACAGUCCAUACUAAACAAUAUGUACAAAGAACUAUGCUGUCUUAUUUAUGUUUGGUUUACAUAGUGUAUAGUUUUUUAAGUAUUUUAGUAACUUUGGACCAGUGUACUGUUUAGCAACUGCAGAAGAAUCUGCAUAUAAUAAAUCAAGUUGCUUUACUGCU